GCGAGCGCCGCUGCUGCAACAACCUCACUCGAGUGAUUCCACAAACGGGCGUCACGCACGUUAUCCGGUUAAUUUACAUACAAAACACCGCCCAGGGGGACGAACAUGAUAAUCGACCAUCGACUGAAAGCUAACCGUGCGGUGGGGAGGAAAAAACAGCUGAAAAAAAGUUUGGACGGGAGAGGACUGCAUUAAACCAAGCGAAGUGCUUCGACACAAACGAACAGGCACUUGUCGGGCUUGUCGGGGUCUUUGCCCCACUUUUGGAUUACGAUAUGGACGCUUUGAAAUCCGCUGGAAGGGCAAUUAUACGGAGCCCCAGUAUCGCCAAACAGUCGUGGGCUGCGAGCAGACAUAAAAAGCUUCCGGAGAACUGGAGCGACACGAGGGAGACCCUUCUGGAGGGCAUGGUGUUCCAGCUCAAGUACCUGGGGGUCACAAUGGUUGAGCAGCCCAAAGGAGAGGAGCUGUCUGCGGCUGCUGUCAAGAGGAUAGUGGCCACGGCCAAAGCCAGUGGAAAAAAACUCCAGAAAGUCACAUUAACGGUCUCGCCACGAGGAAUCAUCCUUUACGACAGUGUCUCCAACCAGCUGAUAGAAAACAUCUCCAUAUACAGAAUAUCCUAUUGCACGGCGGACAAGAUGCAUGACAAAGUGUUUGCCUACAUCGUCCAGAGCCAACACAAUGAGACUUUGGAGUGUCAUGCCUUCCUCUGCACGAAGAGAAAAAUGGCCCAGGCGGUAACCCUAACAGUGGCUCAGGCUUUCAGAGUGGCGUUUGAAUUCUGGCAGGCUGCCAAGGAAGAGAAAGAAAAACGAGUGAAGUCGUGUUCAGACGGAGAAGGAGCCAGUAACUCCCAGUCGGACAGCUCGGCCAGCCUGGGCAGCCUGAAGGGAGGAGAGGUAGCCACAGCAAAGCUUCUGGAUUUGGCAGAGGGAGCAAACGUGGUGCUGGUCCACUCAGGAACAAAGCAGACUGAAUCGGAUCCCUUUAUGGUGCAUAAUCACACAACAGAGAACAACAAUACUGUAUGGGAGUUGGAGGACGGUCUGGACGAGGCUUUCUCAAGACUCGCUGAGUCUCGCACUAACCCCCAGGUCCUGGACAUUGGGGUAAACCCUCAGGACUUCAACACUGAAGAGUGCCUGUCCCCAGGCAGAUGGGACCAAGAGGACACAGACUUCACCACACAAAAAGACACUUUUUUAAAGUGAAGCCUCUGGGGAAACAUGAGGAGAAAUGGUGGUAAAACAUGGUUGGAAACUGAAGUGACAAAACAGACUUUUGUGACAUCAGCACGGUUUCCCACCUUCUCCCUGCUGCCAAGUCCUCUCCGUGGUAAUGUCGAGUGGCUCUUCGAUGCUUCUGCACGACCAGAGAAGGACAACACGAGCAGGCUGCUCGCAGAACAGGCCAAAGCAAUACAAACCAAUUUAUCCCUUUUCUAUGAAAAACAUGCAGUCAUUUAAUGUUUGUUACAGUCAGUGUAUUACUUCCUUUUUUGUGUCUGUUUACCCAAACACUGUUAGUAAUGUCUUUGUGGUAUGUGCUCGUGUACAUUGCGUUAAAGAAAACGUGUGUGUGGAUGUACAGUAUAUAAGUGUACGAAGUGAGAUAUGAGAACUAUGAUGUGCUGAGUUUUGAACAGGUGAGUUAAAGGUCAAAAAGGGUGCUGUCACAUAUUUUAUUUAAAGUGCUCAUAUUGUGCUUUUUGGCUUUUCCCUUUCCUUUUAUUGUGUUAUAUGUCUUUGUG